CAGCCCCAAAGGAAAUUGCCGGCUCUGCUCUUUCUUUCCGCAAAUCAUACUGACCCUACAGUUCCCAUUCUCACAAAAAAGGGAAAAGAAGGGGGGUUAUGGUUUACUCGCCCGUUUCAAAAUUCUCCAAACAACUUCGCCCGUGUUUUUAAUUUUGGGUAAUUUGCUAUUUCUUUUGUUUCUUUCUCUGCUUUUCUGUCUCAGGUAAUUCAUUAUAAUGGGGAAGAGAAGGACAAGGUCCAAACAUCAUAAUCAUAAUUACAUUGGCCUUCCUUCUUCUUCGGAAGAUAUGCCGUGCUCAUCGGGAACAAAGCUGUUAACGAAAGAGCCUUCAUUGAAUUUGGAUGCUGGCAUGGGUGUUGGAGAUAGUUCUGUCAAGAUACAUCAUCACAACUCUUCUGCUGCUCGACGCCAUUACAAUCUUGGGCGUUCCACAUUUUUGAAACGAUCACGCCGUUACUAUGACCAGCACUACCAAUGGCAGAACUUUGGCAACCAUUCUAAUCUAUCAACUUCUCGUGGCAAGAUUAGUCCUCUGCAUGAUGAGAGAUUAUCCUUCAAGUUCACCGAGUCUAACUCAGAGUCGGGACGUCAAGCAGCAGAUGGUAGACAUCAAGCUUUCAGCAGAACUGAAAGGAUUCGAUCUAGUUUGUUAGUGAUGGAUGCAGUGUCACCAGACAAGGUGAAGAUGAUUUGUGGCAUGUGCCAGAAACAUCUGAGACGGAAUCCAUAUUUCCUUGGAAAUACGAUGGCUUCUGCUGAGUUCUCUAUUGUGGCAGUUCUAGUUUGUGGGCAUGCAUAUCAUGCUGAUUGUUUGGAGCAGAGAACAAGUUUUGAGAAUAGGUGUGACCCGCCAUGCCCCUUAUGUUCUGGUUCGCCAUCACAAGUUUGAUGCUUCUACUAGAAAGAAUGACAGUACAUACAAAAGUCGACAGAUACUAAUUUUCUAAACAUAUAGGACAUACUUAAAUUGGGCAUGAAUGUAGGCUUUAUGGUGUGAUCUAAGCUGAAACUUUAGGAUCUUAACCAACCAUUGUAUUGCUGAGAUUUCUACUAGUUGAAUACUGAGAAGGCAUG